AAAGAUAUAGUAAUCUCGCAACUCUUGGGAUACACAUCUACUACCAAUUAUAAACAUACAAAGUAAUAACUUAUAAUGACAUCAAUACCGGCAUUAAAUUAAAAGUUAUACUUUCAAACAUGCAAUUGUUCCAACAAUUGUCUUGAAUGCAAGCAUAAUAAUCAUAAUAUCAAUAUUAAAGUCAUUUUAACACAAUUAAAUUUAAUAAGUUUGAAAAAUUCUGCCGAUUACAAUUUUUGAGAAAAAAGGUAUACUUACUUUCUCUCUGACACAAAAUGUGUCUUACGCACAGAAUGCACGAGGCUAGUUUUUCAAGCUUGGAUAUUAAGUUAUGAACAAAAGGUGUACAAGUGUCCACUCGGCUGGUAUUGAACAAAUACAUGAAAUGCCUCUUAAUGAAAUCAUACGACCAAUUCCACCACAAGUAGAUGAAGGAAAGGUUAAGAGUUUAAUGGAUACUUUGUCAGAUCCAGAUCUCACAGAUUCAGUACCACCAAUAGACGUGCUAUGGAUAGUAGGAAGAGAGGGUGGUAAUUACUUUUAUUCAUUUGGUGGAUGUCAUCGGUAUGAAGCUCACAAACGUUUAAAAAAAGACACAGUAAAAGUAAAAUUGGUAUCUUCAAAUAUUCAAGAUUUACACAACUACUUGGGAGCAUCCACACCUGAUCUUAAAUGAUAAUAUUAUCUUAUUACUGUUAAUUAAUUUUAAAUGGAUUUCGAGGGGUUUCAGGUUUUCAAAAAAAUUCAGCAAAUGAAUUGAAAGUUAUUUUAAUAACUAAAAAGAAAUAAAUAAAAUAACAUUUCAUAAAUAAUA